CUCUUGCUCUUCAACCGCCACCUACUUCGCCCUUUACCUUUGCAUUCUAUUCCCAAUGGCACCCAAACCAGCCUCUACUGCCGGCAAGGCCCCUGCUUCUACUGCCUCCAAGGCUCCAGCGAAGACUGAAGGUUCCAAAGCCGCCAAGAAGACUUCCAAGCCAGCAUCUUCUGGUGAUGGGGACAAGAAGAAACGCAGAAAGAGCAGAAAGGAGACAUACUCGUCCUAUAUCUAUAAAGUCCUUAAGCAAGUUCACCCUGAUACGGGUAUCUCCAACAAGGCUAUGGCCAUUCUCAACAGCUUCGUCAACGAUAUCUUUGAACGUGUAGCAACGGAGGCAUCGAAACUCGCUGCCUAUUCUAAAAAGUCAACCAUCUCCUCACGCGAGAUCCAGACCUCUGUGCGACUUAUCCUCCCCGGAGAGUUGGCCAAACACGCUAUAUCUGAAGGCACUAAGUCAGUGACAAAGUUCUCAUCAGCGGGCGCCAAAUAGGUGGUCGCAUUGUUCUAUCUCUUUUAUCUUUCGGUGUCAGAUCUCAGGUUUUGUACCACCAGUGUAUUUUUUAAUUAUUCAAAUCAUGGCAACCCAUUAUUCAUAACCCUGCAUUGUGUGGUGUUUUUAGUCCACCACUUCGUUCGAGGGUCUGCAUGCGUGUUCGCUUGAAUGAUAUGAGAUCCUCAGGUUUGACUCGGCGUCUGGUCUACAUACUAGAUUUGAGAGCAAGUUGUAGGCGUCAAUUGUACGUUAGUUCUUCAUAACGCUGCUGUAUUGGC